AUGCGUACAUCGCGUCAUGAGGCUUGCGGGCUUACAAUGCCAAACCGCGGGACCGCACCCUCGCCUAUCCCGAUUUGUAAUGCGCCCCGAACGCCAUCUUCACAAUUUCGCUGCCCGCGCCCUUAUUUCCUGGCGUUUAAGCGUCUGGCUCUAACAGCUACCCCCUGUCGUCGCUCUCAGCCGCAACGUCGCAAGCACGGCGGCUUACGUACCCCAACGCACCGCGCUUACAUUAGCAAGCAUGUCGGCCCAAGGGCUGACCCGAUGCGCGCUUCCCCGUUCAGGCGAAUCUAA